UGGGUUUUUUUCCUGCAGGGCUGGGGAUGGCCACAGGGGACAGGCGAAGCCCGAGGCUGCCCCAGGUCACCGAGCCAGCCGCACAGGGGGAGCCCCACGUGCCCACGGGCCGGGAGCUGACCGAGGCCAACCGCUUCGCCUAUGCUGCGCUCUGUGGCAUCUCCCUGUCUCAGCUCUUUCCAGAACCUGAGCAAAGCUCCUUCUGCACGGAGUUCGUAGCCAGCCUGGUGAAGUGGCUGGAGUUGUCCGAAGCCGUCCUGCCCACCAUGACUGCCUUUGCCAGCGGCCUGGGAGGCGAAGGGGCAGACAUGUUUGCCCAGACCUUGUCGAAGGACCCCGUCCUGAAGGGCAACCCGUCUCUGAUCACCCAGGACCUCCUGAGCUUCUCCCUCCGGGAUGGGUGCUACGAUGCCCGGGCCAGAGUCCUCGUCUGUCACCUGAGCUCCCUGCUGCAGGUGCCCUUGCAGGAGCUGGAGCUCCUUGAAGACACGUUCCUGGAGAGCCUGAAGGACACCGGAGAGGAGGAGUCUGAGACAGCCGAGGCGUCCCGGAAGAAGAAGGAGAACCGGAGGAAGUGGAAGCGCUAUCUCCUGAUAGGCCUGGCGACCGUCGGUGGAGGGACGGUGAUCGGUGUGACCGGAGGUCUGGCCGCCCCACUUGUUGCUGCCGGAGCUGCGACGAUCAUCGGCAGUGCCGGGGCCGCGGCGCUGGGCUCGGCGGCUGGCAUAGCCAUCAUGACCUCGCUUUUCGGUGCAGCUGGAGCCGGCCUGACAGGAUACAAGAUGAAGAAGCGUGUCGGGGCCAUCGAGGAGUUCACGUUCCUGCCCCUGACAGAGGGCAGGCAGCUGCACAUCACCAUCGCCAUCACCGGGUGGCUCGCGUCCGGCAAAUACCCCAGUAAAGGACCCCGGUGGUCGUCAUGGGCUCUCCUGUACAGGUGGUCGACAUACCUGCACUUCUGCGGCCACCUUUAGGAUGACCGUGGUUAUGUAGAAGAAGAACAGCCUGUGGGCCCUGCCAGGAGCUGGCACCGAGCCGAGCGCCUCGCCUGCGUGGGCUCACUCGCUCCUCACGUCAGGCCCAGGAGGCACCUUCAGUGCCCCGUGGGCUGCCCUGGCCCACAGCCGCGAGCAGUACUGCCUGGCCUGGGAGGCCAAGUACCUGAUGGAGCUUGGCAACGCCCUGGAGACCAUCCUCAGUGGCCUCGCCAACGUGGUGGCCCAGGAGGCCCUCAAG